GUACAAACGUAGACGCUACGACCUCUGAGUAGGGGAAACGUUAGCCACCGUACGGGAGUUCUUCGGUACAUUGAACUCUCCUGACACCUGCCAUCGACCAAUCAGAGAGCUUGUUACAACGAACAGUACUACCCAUCUGUUACUCGGCUUUAAUACGUUGUAUUCGCGUAUACAUAGCAUUUGACAGCUACACGUUGUGCUGAGCAGACGUAUCUUACCAUUCAAAGGACUUACCCUGCAUUGUGCCUAACUAGAUCAUUAUUUACGGACUGAAUUUCAUUUUGGAUUUAUUUAAUUGGAAAUAUGACUUUCCCCGAGGAUAUAGAAUCUACCAUGCCAACAUCUGACAGAACCCCACUGAAAGUUGGCGAUGCCAUGCAGAAAGUGUUAGCGAGUGCUAUGCUGGAGGGCCGUGUUACCUGCGGCGCAUUCGAAUGCGCACAGCAGCUACAAAAUGACCCGGACAAUGUGGUGAUGUGUGUGUUACCCGUACACCCGAUACAGGAGGACGUUACCAUACAGAUUCAGCACACCCUCAUACAGGCUUUCUGCUGGGAAAAUGACAUAAAAGUUAUCAAGGUCGACACCAUGAAAAAAUUGUCAAAGAUUUUGACCACACAGUUUCCUGAGGAUAACAACAAUGUGGCCAACACAUGCUCCACGGCUACAGACUUCAGCUGCGUCCUCAUCCGAGCACUUAGCCCAAUCACGGAUCCAGCACUGCUGCAGCUGCUGGAGCCAACUGACCAUCCAAUUAUAGAACUACCCGAAUGAGAAUUGACCUUUGACCCAACUUGGAUCAAAUUCUCUUUCCAGGAAUCCGAUUUCCCGGUCGAUCCUGAAUGCCGUACCCCAGAGGGUCCAACAGUACCCCAGACGGUCCAACAGUCGGUACAGAUAUCGGGUAGCAUCCUAAACAGAGGAUGCAAACUCGUCAGCCGGAGACUCCGUCGACGCCCGACAACCCAACUCGUCAGCCGGAGACUCCGUCGACGCCCGACAACCUCACGAGGGGGUGCAGCAUUUCAUCACGACUAUUCCUGGACGGGCGAGGCUACGCCUCACCGCUCACGUGGAUACGAGAACCGUUACCGUGCCGGUUCAGCCUGGUGUCAUUACCAUAACAACUAGGUGUUAACUACACUUUCACGACGUGGCUGAUGUCACCGAGACAUCAGUCAACAGCAGAGACUGCUUCAAGACAGAUUUUGACAUGCCGUGUCAAUUUGGGAGAAGAUAUUGUAUACCGACAGCUUCCUGUUAUGUGGAUUACUACAGCUCAUCCACCUGUGUCCGUAGGACUGUUCAAGGCAAGACCAUGUAUCACGUCUGUUAUUAUCGGCCGUAGAUAUAUUGUGUUGGACUUAUCAUCAGAGAUGUAACAUUGUAGGCUUGUAACAUUGUAGGCCUACAUCAUCAGAGAUGUAAUCAUCGGAGAUGUAACAUUGUAGGCCUACAUCAUCAGAGAUGUAACAUUGUAGGCCUACACCAUCAGAGAUGUAACAUUGUAGGCCUACAUCAUCAGAGAUGUAACAUUGUAGGUCUGUAACAUUGUAGGCCUACAUCAUCAGAGGCAGUGUCACCUAUGUAGAAUACUGACGAAACUCUUCAUAAUAACAUCAUCAGAGACAGUUCACAGAGGAUAUUAAUGUUCAUCACCAUUGGAAAAGACUCACAAUACGAGACAAUUGUCAUGUAAGACAAUAAUGAUUAACCGUGUGCUUGUUUGUUGGAUUACAUAAUGUCUCAUUAAAGAUUUCGGUUAAAACA